AUGUAUCACGCAUCUAUUCAAAAGCACGCGCGCAUUCGCCAUCUCGCAAGAAAGGGCGCUUCUCGGGGUUCUUCUCAAUCAUUGUACCCCUCCCUCUUAAAACAAAGUCCCGUCAAACAAUUUACUCUGGCCAGUCAAUCACUACCAGUUCCCAAUGACAUGGCUAUCGAUAAAGAUGCUAUCGUCAACGCCAAUAUCUCCGCACACAGUGUUCCCAACGCUCUUCACGAGGAUCAAACUAUCAUUCUCUCCGAUGCCUCUACAUGUGCCGAGGUUGAUCCCGACACCGCAAUACAUCAUCCAUACACCGUGCAAGCACGCAUCAAGAAGCUAUCCUCCAACACCAUCCUCUCCGACCACCCCGACACCCUCUCCGACACCUCUACCUCCGCUGAAUACGACGCCGAUGCAGAAUCCGAAUCGGACAUCACAUGCGUCGACCUCGACAAAAUAGCCUCCAUCCUCUGGGUCGAAGGUCCAGGCUUCUGGGUCCACGAUUUCGCGCUGGUCCGCCAAUUCGAGGAGGAAAAACGAAUUGCGGAUAUGACAGGCGGGGGCGAGGAAUGUUUUGCAGCGGAAUAUGUGGAGAAGGAGGAGAAUAUUAGCGAGGGUAUAAAAGCCUGGAUUGAAUCCAGAUUUUCAAUCGGACGCAAAGAAAACCUCAAGAAGGACGGGGAGGAGGAGUUGGCUAAGGAAGAGGGAGUGCGUAAAUUGUCUGAUAUGUGA